CUAAUCCUGCACUGCAGGACCUGCAGUAAUUUAAAUGCGAUUAUACGCAGUAACAUGCUAAUAAAACCGAUGUAUUUAAGUUAUUUUAGCUCCAAAAACUUUACUGUGUGUUCAACAUUACCGUUAUUAAGAUGAAAAACCGUUAGUUUACAAUCUUACAAUAUUGUGUAACCAUGAACUUCAUACUGCUAAUAUUCUCAUUCUUCACAACAUUCAUAAUAUUCUACGGUAGUUUAAUUAAUUAUUUUGAAAACUACCUGCCCGUAUUUUUUGUACAAACCUUUCGCUACGGAAAGUUUGCUUACAAUGGUGAAAACGCUUCGAAAUUGUGCAUCGAAGUGCCAAAAUCGUGGUUCAGACACUUUUAUAAGUUGGCCAUUGUAACACAGACUUAUGUUUUGUUUUUGGUAAGUUCUGUGUACAUCUUUAAACAUGAAGUUCCAAUGUGGGUCGAGGAGUUUCUGGAUUUAGUGUGUGGAGAGGAUCGUGUAGCUUUCAACAGUGCUACAAAGGUGUACAUUUCAGUUGUGCUUUUAACACUGCAAGUUUAUCGAAGGUAUUAUGACACCCAUUAUGUUUCAAUUUAUGGGAAAAGCAGUAAAAUUAACUUUUCCCAAUAUUUGGUUGGUGUGCUUCAUUAUCCACUGGCUUGUAUGGCAUUAUUAUGUGAAUCUCCCAAAUUUGCUUAUUCAGAGCCUGAAUUGGAAGAAGUAAACAUCCAAUCAUUAACAAAGUUGGAUGUGUUCUUUAUAGCAGUUUUUCUAUUGUCUUGGUAUCAUCAGCAUGUCUGCACGAAAAUAUUGGCGAAUUUGAGAACAAAUAAAAAAGGGGUUAUUGUUACUGAGGAACAUCGACUCCCCGAAGGUGAUUGGUUCAAUUAUCUAUCGUGUCCACACCAAACGGCCGAGAUUUUAAUGUAUUUUUCACUUUGUGUGCUCAUGAAGUACAACAUCACUUGGUUCUUCGUAUUUUGCUGGGUUUUCAGCAAUCAGGUUGAGACAAUCCUCCUUAGCCAUUGGUGGUAUCAAAAAACAUUUGAUAAAUUUCCAAAAUCGCGAAAAGCACUUAUUCCAUUUAUGUAUUAAAUUUUAUAAGAUAUAAGACUUUUUAAUAUAAUAGCAUUUUAUACUUGCCUUUUUACUGUUGCUU